AUGUCUGUGAGGGUUCUGCUGGUGUUGGCUGUGGUGGUGGGGGCGGCGGCCCAGUCGGAGCUUGAGCUGCGCGCUAAAGAGUUCCUGAAGAGGUUUGACGGGAACGCCACAGAGCUGAUGUACCAGUACUCAUUAGCCUCCUGGGAAUACAACACCAACAUCACCGAGGAGAACUCUCAGAAACUGGCUGAACAGGGAGCCAUCUGGGGUGCUUUCUACAGCACGGUCUCAGACGAAGCUCAGUCGUUCCCCCUCGAUCAGAUCACUGACCUGGAGACUAAACUGCAGCUCAUGACGCUGCAGGACAAAGGCUCGGGAGCGCUGGACGCAGACAAGGGGGCGCACCUUAGUAAGCUGAUGAGCGAGAUGAGCACCAUCUACAGCACGGCCACAGUGUGUAAAGUGGACGACCCCUUUGACUGCCAGACUCUUGAGCCAGGCCUGGAGCACGUGAUGGCUAACAGCAGAGACUACUAUGAGCGCCUGCACGUGUGGGAGGGCUGGCGGGUGGAGGUUGGGAAGAGGAUGAGGCCGCUGUACGAGGACUACGUGGACCUGAAGAACGAGGCAUCCAGACUCAACGGAUUCAAAGACUAUGGUGAUUACUGGAGAUGGAACUAUGAAACCAUUGAGGAGGGCAAGUAUAAAUACACGCGCGAUGAGCUCAUGGAUGACGUCCGUCAAGUUUAUAAAGAGAUCUUACCCCUGUACACUGAACUGCAUGCGUACGUGAGGUCCAAACUGCAGCAGACCUACCCCGGCCAUAUCCGCUCUGAGGGAGGACUCCCUGCCCACCUCCUGGGUGACAUGUGGGGAAGAUUUUGGACAAAUUUGUACUCACUCUCUGUCCCUUACCCUGAAAAAACUGAUAUUGAUGUCAGUGAUGCUAUGGUUGCACAGAAAUGGACUGUUGACAGGAUGUUCAAGGAGGCCGAGUCCUUCUUUAUGUCAGUUGGCCUUUACAAAAUGAAUGAGAAUUUCUGGAACGACUCAAUGCUUGAGAAACCAGUUGAUGGCAGGAGUGUAGUGUGCCACCCAACAGCAUGGGACAUGGGCAAUCGCAAGGACUUCAGAAUUAAAAUGUGUACAAAGAUCAACAUGGAUGACUUCCUGACUGUCCACCAUGAGAUGGGGCACAACCAGUACCAGAUGGCCUACAGUAACCUCUCCUACCCCCUGAGGGACGGAGCCAACGAGGGCUUCCAUGAGGCGGUGGGGGAGAUCAUGUCCCUGUCCGCCGCCACCCCAUCACACCUGCUGGCCUUGGGGCUUCUGCCGGCUGACUUCACAGAGGACAAAGACACUGAGAUCAACUUCCUGUUGAAGCAGGCGCUCACCAUCGUGGCCACGAUGCCCUUCACCUACAUGCUGGAGGAGUGGCGCUGGCAGGCCUUUCAGGGCACCAUCCCCAAGGACCAGUGGAUGCUGCGCUGGUGGAGCAUGAAGAGAGAGCUGGUGGGGGUUGUUGAGCCUCUUCCCAGAGACGAGGCGUAUUGUGACCCUCCUGCUCUGUUCCACGUCUCUGGAGACUACUCCUUCAUCCGCUACUUCACCAGGACUGUCUACCAGUUCCAGUUCCAGGCAGCGCUGUGUGCUGCUGCUGGGCAUACUGGACCUCUAUUCAAGUGUGACAUCACUAACUCCACCCAAGCAGGCACCAAACUUAGGUCGAUGUUAGAGUUGGGGAGAUCAAAGUCUUGGACCAGAGCUUUGGAACAAAUUUCUGGAGAAACCAAGAUGAAUUCCCAGCCGCUUCUAGACUACUUUAAAGACCUCCACGACUGGCUGAAGAAGGAUAAUGAUGCCAACAACAGAACACGAGGAUGGGACCAAAGCAUAGACCCGUAUUCUGCGGAUGCUUUGAAAGUGAGGCUGAGUUUGAAGGCUGCUUUAGGAGAGCAGGCUUACACCUGGACUGCUGACGAGAUGUUUUUGUUCAAGACCACCAUGGCCUAUGCACUGCGACGCUACUACUCAGGGAAGGGGGAGGAGCUACAGUUUGGGUCGGCCAACGUGCACGUGUAUAAAGAGACCAAAAGAGUGUCUUUCUACUUUGUUGUGACACAUCCCACUGACUCAGCCAAGCUCAUCCCAAGAGAAGAGGUGGAGGCUGCCAUACGACUGUCCAGAGGGCGCAUCAACAGCGCGUUCCAGCUGAGCGAUGACACUCUUGAGUUCGAGGGUCUCCUGGCCACGCUGGCGCCGCCUGUGGAGCAGCCCUUCUCCGUGUGGCUGGUGGUGUUCGGGGUGGUCAUGGGUCUGACCGUCCUCCUGGGCGUCUACCUCAUCAGCAUGGGCAUCGUGGACAGGAGGAGGAAAUCCAAGAAGGUAGAAGAGACCAAGUCCAUUCCUAACCCUUAUGCUGACGGCACAAAUGGUGUGGCAAACGGAGGAUUUGAGAACGAAGAUCAUGAUUAUCAAACAGUCAUGUAACUUCACUGAUGACCAUGUGAUGACAUGUGAAGGAAUAGUUUAUGUAUUGGCCAUUACAGUCUACCACUACAGCACAGACAACACACUACACACUUCUUGAAGGAAAUUGUUUAUAAAGUGCUCAUUAUAGACUGAUUUCAUAGAAACAAACAUUAAUGGAAUAAAC